AUGGUAGGCUUAGUGGGAUAUGUAUUCUGCAUAGUGAUGUUUUCAGAACCGUCGUUGGAAAGGAUCGCGUUUUGGAUCCACUUCUCGUUUCUUCGUUCCCAAGCCAAGAUGUUAUUGACAAGCAUAUGUGUUGAUGCCGCUGAGCAGAAGCUCUACACGUAUCCCGGAAACUACCGUGUCUUCAAGGUGCUCAUCGCCGCCGAGUACAACGGCAUCCACAUCGAGCUGCCCAAGUUCGACAUGGCCAAGGACCUCAAGACCAAGUCGUUCAAGGCCAAGACCCCCGUGGGCAAGGUCCCGGUCCUCGAGACGAAGGAGGGCACGAUCUUUGAAAGCGGCGCCAUCGCCCGCUACAUCGCUCGUCUGCGCCCGGACACGGGUCUCUACGGCAAGACCUUCUUCGAGUCGGGCCAGGUGGACUCCUGGAUCGACUUCUCCGCCUACGAGCUCGAGGUUCCCCUUGAGGUGUGGGUGCACCCGAUCCUCGGUGUCGGCAAGUUCAACGCAGCCGCCCUCACUAAGGCCAAGGCCGACGUCAAGAAGGCUCUGCAGACCCUCGAGAACCACCUGCACCUGCGCACCUACCUCGUGGGCGAGCAGAUCACUCUUGCUGACAUUGUCGUUGCCUCCGCUCUCGUGUACCCAUUCAAGUUCGUGCUGGACAAGGAGUUCCGCAAGCCGUACACGGCUGUGAACCGUUGGUUCGCGACGCUGGUGAACCAGCCCGAGUUCCAGGCCGUGGUGGGCGACGUGCCUCUCAUUGACGUGGCUCUGACCGCCGAGGGCGACAACUCUGGCAAGAAGGCCAAGAAGGACGCCCCGAAGAAGGAGAAGGCCGCCCCGAAGGAGGAGGCCCCCAAGCCCAAGAAGGUGGAGCACCCGCUGGCCGUGCUGAACCGCGAGAAGCCGUCGUCGAUGAACCUGGACGCGUGGAAGGUGCAGUACUCGAACACCAAGGACCUGGCGGACGCCAUGAAGUGGUUCUGGGAGCACCUGGACACGGAGGGCUACUCGCUGUGGUUCUGCGACUACAACUACAACAAGGAGAACACCAAGAUGUUCAUGACGUGCAACGCCGUGGGCGGCUUCCUGCAGCGCUCGGAGGCCAUGCGCAAGUACGCGUUCGGUGUGAUGGACGUGUGCGGCGCCGAGGGCUCGGAGAUCAUCAUCACGGGCUGCUGGCUGUUCCGUGGCGACUCGGAGAAGCACAUGGUCGAGGCCAACCCGGACGCCGAGUACUACACGUGGACGAAGGCGGAGCUGAACGACGAGACGAAGGCUCGCAUUGCCGCCUACUGGUGCAACGAGGACGAGCUGGAGGGCAAGCCCAUCGCCGACUCGAAGGUGUUCAAGUAA